UUUAAGGAGCGUCGGAGCGUCACCUUGUGCGUGAGGAACAUUCUGUGACUCAAACUGUCUUAAAACACAGACGCGCUCUAGUCACGUUCGUUUUACCACUCACUUGCAUGAGCUGCACAGGCAGUGGGCGUGGGAAGCUGGAAAGGCCUUCGCCCGCAACCACGAGGCCUCUGGGAAACUGAGUCCACGCUCUAAAUAAUUCAGCUCCGAUUCCCUUCUCCUCCAACGCUAGCAAGAUGCCGGCCGUACACCACAAACUGCUCCUGGAGGACGCGUUGCAGGACAGUCCUCAGACUCGCUCCUUGCUCAGCGUGUUUGAGGAAGAUGCUGGGAUGCUCACCGACUAUACGAACCAGCUGCUGCAAUCAAUGCAGCGGGUGUUUGGAGCUCAGAGUGAGAUGGGCUUGGCCACCGAGCAACUCUCGCAACAGCUCCUGGAUUACGAGAAAAAAAAUUUUGCCCUUGGAAAAGGCGACGAAGAGGUCAUCACCACUCUGCAGAGAUUCGCCAAAACAGUGGGAGAGCUGAACUCUCUCCACUCUGAGCUCGCCAACCAGAUGGCUGACAGCAUGGUCUUCCCCUUGAUUCAGUUCCGAGAAAAAGACCUCACAGAGAUAAGCACCCUGAAGGAAAUAUUUGGCAUUGCUACUGAUGAGCACGAAGCAGCUAUGGUCAAGUACAGCCGAUUGCCAAAGAAGAAGGAGAAUGAAAAGCUGAAGGCAGACUUGAUAAAGGAAGUGGCUUACACCAGAAGGAAGCAGCACCAGGCCUCACUGCAGUAUUACUGUGCCCUCAAUGCACUGCAGUAUCGCAAGAGAGUAGCUAUGCUGGAGCCCAUGCUUGGAUACACACAGGCGCAGAUCAGCUUCUUCAAGAAAGGCAUUGAGCUGGUGUCAAAGAAGAUGGACAGCUUCCUCAACUCUGUGGAGAAGAUGACACAGAAUAUCCAGGCCCAGCUGGACAUGGAGGCAGAGGCCAUGCGUGCAUGCCAGAGGGAGCUUCUGUCUGUUGAAGACACCGUCUAUACGCUAGACAAGGACACUGAGUCAGUCAAUCGCACACUUAUCCAGAAGGCUGGUUACCUCAACAUUAGAAAUAAAACGGGCCUGGUGACCACGGCCUGGGACCGACUCUACUUCUUCACGCAGGGCGGGAACCUCAUGUGUCAGCCGCGUGGGGCGGUGGCCGGGGGCAUGGUGCUGGACCUGGACAACAGCUCUGUCAUGGCCGUGGAGUGUGAGGACAGACGCUACUGUUUUCAGAUCACCUCCCCCUCUGGCAAAACGUCAAUGAUUCUGCAAGCGGAGAGCAAAAAGGAGUAUGAAGAAUGGAUUUGUACCGUGAACAACAUCUCCAGACAAAUCUACCUGACUGACAACCCGGAGGCUGUUGCCAUCCGCCUGAACCAGUCUGCCAUCCAAGCUGUCACCCCCAUCACCAGUUUUGAGAAGAGACAAGAAGGCUCACCCAACCCUGACAGAGCAAAGCCAGGAGGAAUUCACGCUACCAGCGGCGCUUCUCAGAAGACGGGGUCUGCUCUGGAACCAGAAGACCUCAUCGCCCCUGGGACGCCAAUUCAGUUUGACAUCAUGCUGCCAGCCUCUGAGUUUCUGGACCAAAACAGAUCUGGGGGGAGACGGACGAAUCCAUUCGGAGAAACGGAUGAUGACUGUUCUGCUGAAAGUGACGACUCCCUCCUGCAGCAGGUAUUUGUUGUGCGCUUCCUGGGCUCCAUGGCGGUUCGCUGUGGCAAUAACCCAGAAGUCAUCUAUGAGGCCAUGAGGCAGGUGCUGGCUGCUCGAGCCAUCCACAACAUCUUCAGGACGACAGAGUCCCACCUCAUGGUCACCAGCAGUGACCUCAGGUUGAUUGACCCUCAGACUCAAGUUACAAGAAUGACUUUCCAGCUAGGAGAGGUGUGCCAGUUUGUAGCCCACCAAGAGAAUGCCAGGCUGAUGGGCUUUGUGGUGGAGAACCGAGAUGGUAGUGACGCAGAUGAGGAGGGAGAGCCCUCAUUCAGCGCCUUCGUAUUUGAGAGCAACACCGAAGGCGAAAAGAUAUGUUACACAAUAAACUUGGCAAAGGACAUUGCAGAAGCCAAAAAGGACCCAGAGGCUCUGGCCCAGCUAAUGAAGAACAUGCCCCUGACGAACGAUGGCAAGUUCCUGCUGCUGGAGCCAGAGACGGACAACACAACAAACGAAGACGGGCAGGAAGACCUGGAGUCCGAAGCUUAGUUCCAGUCAGCAUCAAACUACAGUCAAGACCGGAAAGAAGAGCUUCCCUGGAUGAAAAUGUCCUCGUGGAACACCAGUCCCAAGUCGGGUAAUGUCCCACCCACAGUUUGUAGAUGGUUUUAGUUUUUGCAGUGAUAAAAGCAGGAGGUGUGGCAGUGGAUCACCUGGUGUUUAUCCAUUCAGACCGCAGCAGCGCUUUUUGAUUGAGUUUCAGCAAGUGGGACAUUAUAUUAAUCGUGUUCUUUAAUAUACCAGCCAUCGAACUGGUGGUGGUCAAUCAUUCAUGUGACUUUAGGUUUACAUAGUUUGAAUUCCUCCACUUUGACUUGUAUGUACAGCUUUCAUACCAUAACAUGGCAUUUAUUCCUCCUCUUUGGUUACACAUACACACAGUUACUGCAUGUCCAAGGUUAUAUCAUAACACUUAAGGCAUUAAGAAUAUGAAGGAUUUGAGACUCUUAACUUUUAAAAACAAAAUUAAAAUUGUGUCUGUUUUCUUUGCUGAGCAGUGAUAUGUAUCUUCAUCCAGUGGACAGACUCCUGCCUCUGAUGAUGGACUUGGCAUCUGAAAGAUGUUAAGCAUUUACACUAAUCUAAAUUACUUAUGGUUGACAAAACCUUACUGAAUAAUACAUGUCUUAACAUAAUCAAUAUGUCAGAACACUCUAAACAGUCUGAAGCUUCUUCAGUGAAAUUUUAAAACUACUUAUCACUUUGUUUCUUUAAAGCCUGUGUAAAUAUGAGCUGUGUCUAUAUGAUGUUUAAUCAGAGUCAGCUGCAUUAAAAGCUUCCAGAAUCA